CUCUCUCUUCACCAACCCCUCUCUCUCUCUCUCCUCUCUCUGUCAAACCAGUUUCUCAUCAAUCUCCAUCCAUGUCAAUAGGCCAUAUCCAAAGGCACCGAGAAUCCCAAAGAUCCCAAGAGGUUAAGUUCACAUGAAAAUGGAGGUGGCAAGAAAUAUUUGAUGAUUAAAUUGCUACCGAUCAAACCUUAAACAUUACACAUCUCUUUCUCAUCCUCAAUCCGCAUGCUUAUUCAAUCCGCGAUAUUAUUGUAUUUUUUUUCCGAUCAUCAACUCCUAUCGGAAGUAUACAUCAGUUUUGGUGAACAAAUUUCGCGACUCUAGCAUUAUUGUUUCGAGAAAGCAUCUACAUUUGCAAAGAUGCAGUCUUUGAGUCGAUCAAUACGAGGUCAAUCAUUACAUGAGCCUCCACCAUUUGCAGAGAAGAUCACAGAAGACCCUGUGACAACGAAAACCGCACAAAGCACGGUGACAUGCGUCUACCUUGCAAAUAUUGCGACAUGUUGGCGGAAGGUGACGAUCAUAUGGUGUAAGAACCUCAUGAACCAUUCCCUCAGCAUUCGGAUUGAUAGCUUAGACGGCGGUUUUCAUUAUACGUGCAAAAUCGACCUAAAGCCAUGGCAUUUUUGGAGCAAAAAAGGGUAUAAGUCAUUCGAGGUCGAAGGGAAUCAAGUGGAGGUUUAUUGGGAUCUUCGUUCUGCAAAAUUUGGCGGCGGCCCAGAACCUUGUUCUGACUUUUAUGUUGCUCUUGUUUGCGAUCAGGAGAUUGUGUUGUUAUUGGGAGACAUGAAGAAAAAGGCAUACAAGAGAACAAAAUCCAGACCAGCCCUUGUGGAGGCACUUUUAUACUACAAAAAAGAAAACGUGUUUGCCAAGAAAAGUUUUGCCACAAGAGUGAAGUUUGAUGAGAAUAGAAAAGAGCAUGACAUUGUCGUGGAGAGCUCAACAUCGGGCUCGAAAGACCCCGAAAUGUGGAUCAGCAUAGAUGGGAUUGUGUUGAUUCAUGUCAAGAAUUUGCAGUGGAAAUUCAGAGGGAAUCAGACCUUGCAGGUGAACAUGCAACCGGUGCAAGUUUUCUGGGACGUGCACGAUUGGCUUUUCAGCAGCCCCGGGACUGGGCACGGGCUGUUUAUUUUCAAGCCAGGGCCGCCGGAAUCAGAGAGCGAUCACGACAGAGAUGGCAACGGCGGCAUAGACAGUGAUCAUAGCAGUCCUUAUUAUUCAACUCAGACUAGUAACUCAACAUCUUCUGACUUCUGCCUGUUUCUUCAUGCAUAUAAGAUUGAGUGAGGGAAACUAGCUUAUGGUCGUAGCAUUACUUCAUAUAUAAGGGUACUCGAAUAUUCAUUUGAUAAUUUGUAAAUUGAACUUUUUUAAUUGUUGGUGUCACCCGUUUCGUGCUGUUAUAGGAUACUGGGUAGCCUUUGGUAGGGAAGGUAUAUGGAGGAUGAUGAAUGGUGGGAGGCAUAUAUAAUAAUGUAAAAUUGUAUUCAUAUUAUAUAUGCAGGAAAUUAAGAAAAUAAGGUCUAGAAAUGCUAUUCCAU